AUGACCACACUGACUCCAGUGAAUGGAUUCUGGACUCUGAUCCUGAGGAAUGACAAUGAAUAUGAUGCAUGUGAAAAUCCAUCUGUCUCUUUUUCUUUGAAAGUGAAACCCGAGAAGGUGGGAGUGUUUGUGGAUUAUGAGGAGGGUCUGGUCUCUUUUUAUGACGUGGGCUCUAGCUCUCAUAUCUACUCUUUCACUGGUCAGACUUUCACUGAAAAACUCUAUCCAUAUUUUAGCCCAGGCCUUAAUGAUGAAUGUAAAAACUCAAACCCACUAAUCAUCACACCAAGUGGUGUGCACAUGCAGAGUGCUGCGGGGUCUCAAGCUAACUCUAAAGUGCUCUUUCGGAGCAGUUUAAGUGACCCUGCACCGCGGUUUCUACCAAGGAGAAGCCCCCCGGCUGAAGAUCUCAUUAAAGAGCUGCAGCAGGAAUUCACUAAACUGAAGAGGAAAAACACUGAGCUGGAGCAGCUCUACCUCUCACAGAUGCACUCAUCAAAAGAAAAACUCAGUCAGACUGGGUUGAAGUGGGCACAGAAGUUUGCAGUGGAUGUGACUCUGGAUCCUGAUACAGCGAAUCCGUAUCUCAUCCUGUCUAAUGACAGAAAACAAGUCACUGAAGGAGACAUUGAGCAGAACGUCCCAGAAAACUCAAAGAGAUUUGAUGUUGGUUUGUGUGUUCUGGCAAAGCAGGGAUUCAGUUCAGGGAGAUUUUACUAUGAGGUGCAGGUGAAGGGAAAGACUGAGUGGACCGUAGGAGUGGCCAGAGAAUCCAUUAACAGGAACGGGGAGAUCACACUGACUCCUGAGGAUGGAUUCUGGACUAUGAUUUUAAGGAAUGAAAAUCAAUAUGGACCUUGUGAUAAUGCACUUGUCUCUUUGUCUCUGAAAAUGAAACCUGAGAUUGUGGGAGUGUUUGUGGAUUAUGAGGAGGGUCUGGUUUCUUUUUAUGACGUGGGGCACAGAUCUCAUAUCUACUCUUUCAUUGGUCAGACUUUCACUGAUAAACUCUAUCCAUAUUUUGGUCCAGGUCUUAACGAAUGUGGUAAAAACUCAAACCCACUGAUCAUCACACCUGUCAGUUAA